GGCGGUCGGUUCCGCUCACUCUUUUGAGGCCAUUGAGAGAGUGUGUAAACGUGGCGCAACAUUCCUUAUAAGAUGCACCAUCACCGCCUUUUCUUCCCGGCCCUUGGCCCCUGUUCGGUGGCCCUCCACGAACAUCGCUCGCACAACCUCCGAGGCCAGCAACCCAUACAUGGCUUUACAACCACCACCCCUUUCAUACAAUGCUGGGCCACGCGACACAUGUCAAGGUUGUUAAUCAUACCGACGACCAACUGUUUUCUCCGCGACUGCUACCCUUACCACCGACGACGGGCUUACACGACAAAUGCGGCAAGCCGGCCCCAUUGUUCGACAACUCGAGAGAACCUUGCAAACGAAAGCAUCGUUGCCCCGGCCUUGCUCUGGUUGUUAUACCCGUGUAUUGCCCACCCCCUCUAGGCGCCCGAAAUGGGCGUCUUGUUGGCUCCUACUCUUGCCGCCGAGCUGGGUCAAGGUCCAGUUGCCCAUGUUGGUUGUUGUGUUUUUCUUUUGCACGCCGACUUGCAGACACCGACAAACGCAAUCCCCAUCGUUGGUUGCGACAUCCUGGCAGCGACUGGUCUGUCCUGCUCAAAACACCCACCCGUGCGUUACUAAUGCUGUGCAUACACGGAUGCGAACAAGCAAAGCUUCACGGGGUUUACGCUAUCGGCUAAUUAGGGAUCGAUGUUAGCAUUUCUCUUGGCUCCGAUGCCAGGUCCGACGACGACAACGACGACGACGACGACUACCACGGCAGCAACGACGACGGCGGCUGACUCGGAACCAUGUCCAAAUAACGCUUGGCUGUGCCAAGAGUAAGAAUGCCCCCGGCUAGAGAACCCCGGCCGAU